AUUCAAUUUAUAAUAGUGUACAGAUGUAGAUAUUCGUAUACCAAUGCAUAAAAAGAUGACUUAAAAAAGGAUACAGUUGAUAUUAAUUAUAUACUCGGAUAUAGUCUCAAAAACAUCAUUCAUUCCAUUGCGAAAGAAUUUGUAUUAAAAAUACAUUGAAAUUAAGACUUUUUUACUUGCAUUUAUUAAGUAUUUAAACAAUAAAAAUGGUUCUGAAUAUUUUGAGUUCUAUGUUAAGAACAAAAACUUAUGAUAGUCAUGAAACGAAAUUGCACAAAUGUUUAAACAUAUGCGAUUUAAUAUUACUUGGAAUUGGUUCAAUGGUCGGCUCUGGAAUUUACAUUGUUACCGGAGAAGCUGCAAAAGAACUUGCCGGUAAACAUUUACUGUUUUAUGGAACGUUUUAGAAAAAAAAUUCUAUUCUGAAAUAGAUCUUUUCAAACCAAUAAACAUUAGAUAUAAAUUUAUAAAGAAAGAAAGAGAAGGAGAGAGAGGGAGAGAGAGAAAGAGAGAGAGAGAGAGAGAGAGUAAAAGAAUGAAAGAAAUCGCAAAAGAUUGUUAAAUUGAAUAUCUAAGUCAUUCAGAAUAUUUUAACAAAAUAUACAUUUAUUUAAUUUUACUAUAAAAUUACCGGAUAUACUAUAAAGCAAGUUUUUUUUAUUAAUAGACAUAGCAUUAAAAUUUCACAGGUCCUGGUAUCGUAUUGAGUUUCAUAAUUGCUGCAAUAUCAGUCGGUUUAAGUGCUCUGUGUUAUGUGGAAUUUGCAGCUCGAGUUCAUAAAACGGGCGGCAUCUAUUUAUAUACUUAUAUGUGCCUUGGAGAAUUUUGCGCCUUUUUGAUUGGUUGGAGUACCUUAGUUCUAAUUUCCGUUGGAGGAGCGACGAAUGCCAGAGCUUGGAGUUCGUAUUUGAACAGUUACACCGGGAAUAGAAUUGAAAAUUGGACGAUUCAUCAUGUGGCAGAUUGGAGAUCUCUAUCAAGACCUCUAGCUGGUUACCCAGAUUUUGUUGCAUCAGCAGUACUUAUUGUUUUAGUUGCUAUUGUUUCAAUGGGAGCCAACUGCUCUGGAAAGUUUAUGUCUGUAAUGACAACUUUAAAUAUAUCGGUAUUAUUGUUUGUUAGUAUAGUUGGUUUCGCUGGUACAAAAUCAUUCAAAAACUGGACAUUUAAUGGAUUUCUUCCAUUUGGAAUUUCAGGUGUCAUUGCAGGUGCUAGCAAGUGUUUUUGGGCACUAUCCGGAUUUGAGGCUAUAUUUACGGCAGUGGAGGAAGCAAAAACACCAAAGAGAGACAUUCCUAUUGCUACCGGCUUAUCAAUAUCUGCUGUUACCAUCCUUUAUGUCAUGACUUCAGCAGCCAUUACAUUAGUGAAACCUUACAAUAAAUUAGAUCCACACUCCCCUAUUCCGAGUGCGAUAUCGUCGACUGGCUGGGAAUGGGCAAGGCAUAUAGCAACAAUCGGUCCUCUUCUUGGACUUACGACUACAUUAUUUACAUCUAUUUUCAGUUCAGCUAGGCAACUUUACGCUAUGGGCGUUGACGGCCUUCUACCUCCUAUAACAGCCAAGGUUAACGACUGCUCGAGGUUACCUCUCUUCAAUAUCUAUUUUGUUGGGAUUCUAAUGGUUGUCUCUGCUUUGCUAUUUGAUCUCAGAGAUCUUUUAUCGAUGGCCGUUACAAUAACACUCUCCCAGUACCUUCUUGUGAGUGCUGCAGUAGUUUAUCUACGUUAUAAACCAACUGUCCCAGUUCAGGAAAAUGGUUUUUUACCAGUUAAUGGGACAGACGAAGACGGUUAUGCCUCAAGCGAAGAAACUAAUCUCAUGUCAAAAUCAAAGGUUCGAAGGUCUAAUGUAGGCAGUUUACGACAGUGUAUAGUAAAACGUGGCUGUAAGUCAUCAGUUCCACAAGGGCACUGUGUUCUUCUCUCCAUAUUGCUUUAUAUUGUCGCCUCAUUUAUUUUCGGACUACUUAUUAGAUUAAACGCUUUCAGCUUUAUGCUUAAUGGUGAUGAGCCUAGUGCAAUUCUACUCACUAUAGUAUGUGUGGCCUUAAUUGUCCUAAUUAUCGUAAUCUACAUCCAUGAAAAGUCAGAUGCCAAAGAUUUCGUUGUUAAGACGCCUUGCGUGCCUCUAAUUCCCUGUCUUAGUAUAUCUACUAAUGCUAUACUGUUAGCUGUCAGUGCAAGUUGGUCAAGUUGGAUAGUCUACGGUGCUGUUCUACUAAGUGGAGUAAUGAUUUAUUUUCUCUAUGGCAUACGACAUAGCACACUAAAUGAUGAAAGGACAACAAAGACCUCUUCAGAACUGGAAUUGCCUUUAAUCGAAGAUGACGACGACGAGUUAUAAGAUUUUCCUCAGUUCUCUGACAAGUAUACUCUGAAAUUACUAGAAAUUACUAUAAGUCUGAUCUUAACAAAGUAAUGAAAAUCAUAUUUUGACUUAUGAUUUAGGCUCUUUGAAUAGUUGAAUAUAAAAUAUUAGUCUCUUUGUAAUAAAUAUAUUCAUAACAAAAACAUUCACAAACCAAGACAAUAUCUUUUAUGUACACGAGUCCCAUUUAGGCAUGUAUAAACGAACAAACACUCGUUUGCAGGUUGGACGUACUCUUGAUAUACUAGUAAGGCUUUUAUCCUAAGCUGUCACGUGAUGCUAAGAUAAAAUCCUCGUUUGUAAAAAAUUGUGUGUAUAUAUAUAUAUA